CGAUAAGGACAGCGACCUUCACGGAUUUCCUCUGCACGCUUGGCUCCCCUUCCUCAUGCAACUGGAAAGCCGACACACCGCGACAGCCCAGCUUUGGGCUCGAUGCUACGUCAGACGUCCCCGGUAGUGCAUGAUGAUCCGACCGGUUCCUCCACCGGUGCGCGGACUGAGCGACACGAACGCAACAACGCAAAACGCCGGAGCAACAACAAUCCACGGCGAUCGUAGUAUUACUGAACUAGACAAGACUGCUGUUCAAACGUUCACAUGCACAGUUCAGUCUCAUGCAAGUCGCGCGUCCGCUACAUGGAUAUUGAAUUUCUCUGCCAGUGGACGGCGAUCCAGUGACUCGAGACCGGUGGGAUGCCCCAUCCACCAAGCAGGAGUGCCGAAUCGAAUACGGAGCAUCGCAUUCAUAUCGUGUACACAAGAAAGAGAUGCUUCUGUGCGACUUCUGGGUGACGACUCACCGUCGGACAGGAUCAGGCGAAGCGAUGGCGCAAAAGCGCACAGGCGUGAGUUCCGAAUAUUAGACAUCACUCUGGUCGACUUGUUUCUAACAAACAUUACCAUGAUUCGCUUUACGUACCAGCUGUGCCACAGAACAGAACACAAGCUCAAGAUUUGGUCUCGCGCGCGAUGGGCGCACUGCAUCCAAGGAGAGCGGUCCUCUGUAUAUGUUUCUCGUCCACCCGCAGCUGUAUGGGUGUCAGUAAGGUGCGUAUCGCUUCGCACAGACUUCAGGCCGUAGAGGGCUGUCUUCGCAUCGAGUGCGAACAGCCUGGAUGUCACGGCGCCCGGUCGCAGCAAAGAAUCGCUCGUGGCAUCAUGUGUCUGUGUUCGAUGCUUCUAUACGCGCCGGCGAGCGAGCGCUAUGUUGGAUCAAUGCAUAUAUACUAACAUCACCUAUCAUUGCCAGGUUCGCUGUCCCUGCGCUCUCCCCUCUGUCCAGCUUCGAGUUUUUGCAGUGCACACCAAGUGCGCAUCAAGAGCGAUUGAAAGGCCUCGCGAGGUACGACCCCGCUUCCCGUAAUGAAUA